CUGCGUUGAUACAAGCUUGAAUAAAGAAAAUUCUACUGUGACCUACUCAGAGAUUAGGCUCUUUCGUGAAGGUUUCUGACAGGAAUAGACUCCCUCCAAUAUUUGCAUUUUAAUGGCGACUCCAAUCGAAGAGAUUGUAAAAUCAGUUGACUCUAAUAUACUUGUUGGAAUCGAGAUCACAAACAGCAGCAAGCACUUUGAUUUAACUGCAGCAGCGACAUAUGCUGACUGUGGUGUUGUACAAAGUCCCCCACCUCCGACUAUAGCGAAAGAGAGGAAAGGAAUGUGUGUGUUCAUCAAGACCCCUUUCUCGCUCUAUGGCACUGCUGGGAUCCUCAGCUACUCCUUUGGUGACCAGCAGUUCUCUCUUCUGUUUUCCAACCCCUUUGACUGCAUCAAGUAUGACAGCGAGUUUGCUCUGUACAUUCCUGACACAAAAACAAAGACUGAUCAAAAUUUGUACAAAACAAUGUAUACCCAACUGCAUGAAUCUAGUUCCUUCACCAAAACUGCUAUUGGAAAAGGGAAUGUAGCACUGCAACUGGUCAAAGAUGGAAUGGAAGUUUCAGGCACAAUGUCAAAUGUGUCUCACAAAGCCAUAAUUAAAUUGGAAAUUCGAGACCAUUCCUCUUCUCCACGCAAGACUAAUUAUUAAAAUUCUCUUUGCCAGGAAAGUAUCUCAAAAUUCCAUCACUCACUUCAAUUGAACUUCAUAUUGCUGUUCUAGCAGUGUUUUAUAAUUUAAUAUGGUCAUGAUUGCUCUGUGGUAUAAAUUCAUCAGUG